UGUCCUCCAAACAUCAUCCGACCUGCAGCCAUGGCUGUAUCAUCCACCACAGCAAAACUGUACAUUCCCCACCAAACAUUCACUCCCUUAAACCCCAAAAAUGGAACCAUCUUCUCAAAUUCCAUCUCCUUUUGUCCAAAAACAACCAAAUUUUCCAUAAAGAGCUCCAGUGAUUUAUCAGCAGAGACUACAUCAACAGAUGUAGAAUCAGAGAGUUCCAUCGAAGUUCCCAAAGGACCUCCAUCUUUGAUUUCUGCUCUAAAUGUGGAGAAGGCUCUUCGGGGCAUACCCAUUACUGAUGUAGAUCAUUAUGAUACACUUGGACUCCAAAGAGGAUGUUCAUAUGAGCAGGUCCCUGUUGCAUAUAACAAGAAGAUUGAAGAACUGAAGGAACAGGGCCUGGAUCAAGAGGAAUUCAGCAAGAAAAUGGAACUUCUAAAAGAAUCAUACUACAUUUUGUCAUCCGAGGAAGAGAGAAGACUGUAUGAUUGGAGCUUAGCAAGGAGCGAAACCCCAGAUAGAUAUGCUUGGCCUUUUGAGGUCGACAAAACCAAGGUCACCUCAGAGAAUCCUCCACCACAGGAACCAGAGGACGUUGGGCCAACAAGAUUGGUGGGAUAUGCGUUUUUGGGAUGGCUUGUACUAUCAAUUGUAAUCCCCUUCUUCCUCAAUCGAUGAGGAACCCCAUUCUGUAUCAAUGGAAGACAUAUAUAGUUCUUGUUCUUGUUC